AUAAAUACAGGUCACAUCACACCUGUCACAAACAGACUAAUUAUUUGCAUGACAUUUAAUCUUGAGCUUCUGUCUGAAAUACACAUUUCCUCCUCGUGGCGUAAUGGCUUGUCCCUUCAAUCAAACAGUGGCAGCGUUGAAUCCAGCCAUCCUCUCUUUAGACUGGCUUCUGGGCACGUGGGAGUCUGAUGAGCACGGGGAAGGCUGCUUUCCAACCAUCAAACCUUUCCGCUACACAGAGACUCUGCGCUUCAUCCAUGUGGGACAACCAGCCAUCAACUUCAUGUUCACUGCCUUCCAUGCAGAGUCUAAAAAGCCUCUGCACACGGAGUGUGGCUUCAUUCGAAUGCAGCCGGGAACCAACAAAGUGACGUUUAUCAUUGCACAAAACUCAGGCCUGGUGGAGAUUGAGGAGGGGGAGCUGACACAGAAGCAGCUGAACCUGAAGACACACGCUCUGGCCAGGAUUUCUUUUGCCAAGGAGCCACAUGUUCAACAGGUUUCCAGAGUGUUUCAACUUCGGCCAGAUGGGAAGCUGGAGCAGACAGUUUCCAUGACAACAGACAACCAGCCACUGACGCAGCACUUGCACAUCACUUACUGUCGGUCAUCUUGAGCCAGCAAGAAGACGGGCUUCUUAUACAUAGAAAUGCUGCUCUUUUGUGCAAAGGAAAGGUUGGAUCAAUAAUCCCAUUUAAACUUCUGUACAGUUACACAAGUAUGUCAUUCAUUAAAAUGGCGUCUGGUUUGGGUGUUAUGGUGUAGAAUGGUUUCAACUGGCAUCACCCACUACUAAAUCUAAACUUAUAGUGUUUAGGUUCAGUGUGGAUUAUUUAUCAUAUUUGUAUUCACUGGUUGGUUACUGGUCUCACUUAAAGGCACUAUGCUCAGAGAAGCUGCUAUUCUCUGAGCACCAAUAAAUGCUAUGAAACCAA